AUGUCUACACAAAUCUUCCAGUUUUAUACCCCGACAGAGACAGAAGUUAAUCGUAUUGUAGGAUAUGAUUAUAUGGCUACAAGCAAAGAUCACAAUCUCGAUGAAAAGUUACCUCCUUCGCAUCCAGUAUCCACCCAAUUUGCACCCAUUUUCUCUCCUUCUCUUGAAUACCGUGGGCCCGAUAGUACAUCAUCCUUAGAAGUUUCCCGGAAAUCAUCGGCCCGUCCUUUGGCUCCCAGGAAAGGAUCCCCUCGACGUGAAACUCACAUUCCUCGACCUCGCAAUCCCUUUAUGAUCUUCCGAUCCGAGUAUCAUGCUCAGUCAAAGAUUACCACGGAUGUUGAACGCGACCACAGGCACAUUAGUCGCAUCGUCGGAUAUCUUUGGAACAACAUGUCCGAGGAGGACAAGGCGCCAUAUCGACUCAUGGCAGAGAAGGAAAAGGCCGAGCAUCAACGGAAAUAUCCGGGUUAUCGUUUCUGUCCUGGUACUCGCACUUCUAAACCAGUGAAAAGAAAUGUCAAGCGGAAUGGUCAAACUGACCUCGUUCGAGCUCAGAAGGUCGCGGAACUUCUGAAAGCGGGAUUGCAGGGUCACGCUUUAGAAUCAGCAGUCAAAGAUAUAGACUCUGAAAGUUUGGAAGGAUCGAGUCCUCCUGCCGAGGAUUUCUCUCGGUCGCCUUCUUCCUCUCCUUCUACGCAACCAUCUCCUUCUUUACCCGACAUACAUGGAUGGCUACCUAAUAAACGGGACCCUGUCCCAGUCAGUCCUGUUUUCCGAAGCCCACUCCUCGCUCCCGCUCCUACUCCGCCUCUAGUAUCAACUAGACCUAUUAGGCGGUUUGUGCCGGAACGACCAAUUAUGGACUCCUUGAGACCCGAUCCUCCGUCUAUGGUCCCCAACUUCACAUAUAGCUCACAAAGUAGUCAGCUUCCCCUUUCACACAUGAUUUCUGCACAUCCCGAAGUAUAUCAACCCCAACUGCACGAGGCCAGCGUUGUACAAGGUUAUAAUUAUGAUAGCACCCCCAACCUUUAUAACGCCUAUCACAACGAGCCCCAAUUUAUCCAACAUCAUACUGUCCAGACGCCUUCAUACCAUGACGCAACUCCGACAACGGAACCAUACAGGAAUACUGCUUCUCUUUUUCAUCCUGAUGAUGGCUCGUCAAACGUCCCUCUCGACAGCCGAUUUCCGUUCCACCAGAGCUUGUUCGCCAGCGCUCAGGACAACUUAUUUUCAGGUUUACCCAACGACUAUUGGUUGUACCAAGACCCUGCGGGCCAGAUUCCUGACCAGACAAAUCCCCUCACUUGGGAUCCAAUGCAGUUCAUGGUCAAUAUGUGA